CGAGCCAUCACUCCGUUAUUAGCCAGUAAGAUUGUGAAGGAGAAAUUGGUAACAAUCGAGAACGAGGACAUUUCCCUGUUAUUCGAUGAAAAUGGGCUGGUUUCGUCGAUCACUGAAAAGGCAUCGAAUAAGACCUACCCAUUCCGUCAACAAUUUUUCUAUUACAAAGGUGUGAUGAAUGAUACUCAACCAUCGGGCGCUUACGUUUUUCGCCCAGAUGGAGACGCGAUUAAAGUGGAAAAAGCUCAGUUGGAAGUGAUCAAGGGCGAUCUUGUGCAAGAGGUACGUCAAACCUUCAACUCGUGGAUUGCGCAAGUUAUAAGGCUUAAAAAGGGCACCAAGCCUAUUGAGUUCGACUGGAUUAUCGGUCCGAUUCCGAAGGAGGCAAAGUGUGUCCGUUGCUAG